UUCUAAAUUUGUGCAUGAUAAAAAAGUAGUAUUUGCUUCUGGCCAUUCCACAGAGUUACUUUGCUUAAAAGUUAUUUGUUUUAAAUGUUUUUAAAAGGAAAAUUAAAUGUUUAUUUAGCGAGUUUGAGUGCUAAUAUAGCUUAUUUAGCUUUUGGAACAUGUACAGGAUGGACAUCACCAGUAAUGCCAAUACUUCGAAAUAGAACAGACGAUAGUCCAUUGGCAGAAGGUGUGAAUUAUCAAGAGGAAGGAUGGAUAAGUUCGGUUUUAUCAAUUGGAGGAUUAAUUGGAUGUCCAAUAGCGGGAAAAUUGGCCAAUGUAAUUGGAAGAAAAUGGACCUUACUCCUGAGUGCGUUUAUAUUUUCUGCUGCAUAUACUUUGUUUUUGCUCGCAGGCAAAGUGUGGCAUAUUUAUGUAGGACGUUUUCUGCAGGGAAUUGCGUGUGGAAUUGUGGGAACAGUGAUGCCAAUAUACGUUGCUGAAAUAGCCACCGAUGAUACUCGAGGACCUUUAGGUUCUAUGCUUAUACUCUUUAUGAUGGGUGGAAUCCUCUUUGUUUAUACGAUUGGAGCAUUUGUAAAUUACAUGGUUCUCCAGUUCUGCUGUCUAGCUGUACCGGUAGUAUUUUUUGCAACGUUUUUCUUCAUGCCAGAGACACCUUAUUUCUUUGCUUUGAAAAAACGAAAACUCGAAGCGAUCAAGUCUCUGGAGUUUCUUCGAAGUCAUUGCGGAUUAACAAUUGAUAAUGAAUUCCAUCAAAUUCAGUCAGCAGUCGAUGAAGACAUGUCACGUAAGGGAACAUUUAUGGAGAUACUACGAAAUUCCGCCAAUAGAAAAGCAUUCUUCAUAUGUUGUGGACUUUUGAUAUUCCAGGAGUUUUGUGGCACCGAUGCAGUGACAUUUAACAGUGAAUCAAUGUUCAUCAGUGCCAAGUCGCCUCUAGAUCCCGGAAUUGCUGCCAUCUUCCUUGCCAUUACUCAAUUGGUGGCAAGUUUGGUUACUCCGUUUGUUAUUGAAAGUUUUGGUCGAAAGACAAUGCUUAUGAUAUCCGAUCUAGGUAUGGGAUUGGCUUUGCUUGCAUUGGGUACUUUCUUUUAUGUUCAAUCUUUCGGAGAUGCCUCGGGAAUUCUCUGGAUUCCCAUUCCUGCACUUAUCUUAUUCGAUGUUAUGUAUGCACUUGGAUUUGGACCAGUGGUGUGGGUGAUUUUUGGCGAAAUUCUUCCGACCAACAUAAAAGCCAACGUUUCAUCAUUCGCUUUUGCACUUAAUUGGGCUUUAACUUUUUUGGUAACACGUUUCUAUCCGGAGAUAAAUGCUCUUGGAUCUUAUUAUGCUUUUUGGUUGUUUGCAGGAUUAUGUGGUUUAAGUUUAAUUUUUGUUCUUUUUUAUGUGAUCGAAACAAAAGGACUUAGUUUACAAGAAAUACAACAAAAACUGAAAUAAAGCUGAUGUUCUCUAACUUAAACAUGUUUGUUUUAACUCGUUAUCAUUUCUUUCAGCUUUCCUUCUUUGUUAUUAUGAAUCCUUGUCUGCUUAAACUAUCACACAAAGUAACUGAAGCUUCAGUAACAGCUUUUACUGCCCGUUCAACAAUUUAAGUGUGACAAGGAAGGCGCAUCCAAUCUAAAUUUCCAUCUCCUUUUUGUUUA